UAUCUCACUUCUACUCACAACAUAUAUAUACAUUCAAGUUUCAACUAGCGUUGAACAAACAAAACCCUCUACUUUCAAGUCUUCAAGUCUUUAAUUAGCCAUGGCCAUCGCCAAGGGGUUUAUUGCCUUUUUUCUCGUUUCUCUUCUGGUAGUACAUCUCACUGAAGCUGAUCAGUUGGUGGACAAAAACUCAUCGAAAAAAAUAGACUGUGGAGGAGCAUGUGCUGCCAGGUGUCAGUUAUCGUCGAGGCCGAACCUGUGCAAGAGGGCGUGUGGGACUUGCUGUGCCCGUUGCAGCUGUGUUCCUCCAGGCACUUCCGGUAAUCUUGAGGUCUGCCCCUGCUACGCCAACAUGACCACCCACGGCAACAGACGCAAGUGCCCUUAAAACUAUAUAUAAUAUAAAUCAUAUAUGCCUACCUUGCAUGGUUUUAUAUGCUGGUGUUUAUCAAGUCUUUCACUUGAAAGAGAGAAAUAAAAAGGGUCGUGGCAAAAUAAGAUUUGUGUAAUAUCGCUUUCUAGUUUCUAUAAAGGAUCUUAAUUAUAUAUGUAUAGAAUUGUUGUUAUUGAGUUUGAAUUACAGAAAGGAGGUAUCUUUUCUUUUUCUUU